AUGGUUCCGCUGGCCCGUGAGGCGCCCUUGGCAGUAAAGCCGCCCGCCGCCUCCGCCGCCGCCAAGACCCUCCUCGCUUCCACCCCGUCGCCUGGCUCUAACCUGACGCCGCCCCUGACCCCCGUCGAUGAGGAGGACGGCGCUCAAAUCAUACCCGUGCUCGACGGCGCCCACUCCAAGGUCCCUCCAUUGUGGGCAGCGCAGCUCGACGGGCCAAGCGAAUGCUCCCUGCCACUCAAGUAUCGCUAUGGCCAGGACGGUAGUCGAAUAGAGUACGGCAGAGGCGCCUGGAGCAACGUCUACAGCGCCAUCAGCAUCGACCACGCUGCUUUUCUGGCUACGUCGCCACCCCAGACUCCCACUCGCGGCUCUUCGGCCUCGUCUCCUUUGUUGGGGCCCCGGAACAGCCGUACCAGCAGCUACAGCGGCGGCGGCGGGAGCACCCAUACCACUGUGUACGCUGUUAAAGUGGCCUCCGGACGUUUAGCGCACGAUGCAGUCUCCGCCGAAGCAGAUAUCCUUACUCUUCUCCAUCGAAUUCCAGGCAGUGCAGCUCAUAUCGUGCCAUUUCAUGGCUAUAUUGCUUCUGAACAUGCCAUCGUCAUGACUGCCAUCCCGCUCUCCUUUGCCUCGUACAUCAAAACCAGAGCAAAAGAUGCGGCUGCUGUAUUCAACACCAGAACCAUGUUUAAGCCUGUCCUGGGAAUGGCAACCUGGCUAUCUUUUGCUGACAAGUUAGUCGAGGGGCUUCAGUGGAUGCAUGAAGCAGGCGUGGUCCACGGCGAUAUUAAGCCCCAGAAUAUCCUCCUUCGUCCGCGGGUUCCCAGCAUCAGCAGCAUCAGCAGCAGCAGUAGAGGUCCUACUACUACGGCAUUAAACAGUUCCGGGACCAUUGAUGACACUGCAGCGAAUUCAUUCGAUCUGCUCUUCAUCGACUUUACUUCUUCUCUCUACUCUCAUGACAGCAGCGUGGCCCUGAACUCGACCGCUAGCUCUCGGCUAGCCACCAGUCUUCCGUUCACGGCCCCUGAACUCUUAUCGAUCAGCUCCAUUACAGUACCACCAACUCCAGCACCUUCGUCUGAUAUAUUCGCCUUGGCUCUCACCUUGGUCGCUGCAGCAAUCGGCUAUGGAGAGGUGUACCCGGGACUUGAGAGACAUAGAGCUCUCGCUCUCGCAAGAGAUGGCCACCGUGUGAUUGACUAUGUCCGCGCAGGGGAGCAGGGAACUAGAGUCCCACGGAAGGGGGUGGUAGAGAGGGUUAUAUCUCCUGCUGUUCUAAAAGAUGCAGAUAGCAGAGUGACUACAGAGCACUGGUUGGGCAUUAUCAGGGGCGAGAUUGCGGCCCUUGCAUAA